UAUAAAAAUUAUAAUUAAAUAUUAAAGCAAUAUAGGGGACCGUGUCUUUUCCGUGGUGCACGGAUCGUAGAAAAAAGAAACGACGAAAGCGGACGAAAUCGGGCUCAUUGAAGCGACGGACGGGGGCCGAAAUGGUUCAGAUAAUCGUGUCGAGCGCGGAGGGGUCCGGUCCUGGGGAGUGGCUGCUGGUGGAGCUUCAGGGGGAGGUGGUGUCGAGACAGAACUCCGGAUUGGCCGGGAGUCUCAUGGGGGAUCUACACUUCACCAAGGAGGGAGUUCCUGUCCUCAUCGUGGGACACCACAUCCUCUACGGGAAGCAGGUCAAGCUGGACAAGCCCUUCGCCGUCCUGAAGAAGCGCUCCGGGCUCCAUCGGGGCGGAGACGGGGUCCCCGCGGAGACCGGCGGGGGGGCGGACGCCUCCUAUUCCGUCCGCGCCCUCGUGAAGAGGAAGCUCAUCUUCAAGACCCGCCCGAAGCCCAUCAUCACGAACGUGCCCAAGAAGGUGUAGCCCCGGCCCUUUAUCCGAGUGUAGCCCCG